GCCGCCGCCGCCCGCCCUGGUCCCGCGGACAGCGCGCAGCGCCGAGGUGGGAGCGCCGGGAGGAGCAGCGCCUAGAUAAUGCUCAGGGGUGAGCUGUCCUGAGCUGCUGAGUUCCAACUGCCUGUCUGUCCACGCACACCCCAGGUAGCCUGCCAGCACCACCCACCAUGGAGUCCAGGGGGAAGGUGACCAGCAGCCCCAAGCCCGACUCGAAGGCUCCGCAGGCGGCUGCUGAGGCCAGAGCCCCGCCAGCUGCGGAUGGGAAAGCCCCCUCAGCUAAGCCUGGGAAGAAGGAGGCCCAAGCAGAGAAGCAAGAGUCCUCAGCGGCCCCCACCCCAACUGCCAAGAAGACCGCGGUCAAAGCAGACCCUACCCUUCUCAAUAACCACAGCAACCUGAAGCCGGCCCCCGUAGCCCCCAGCAGCCCCGAGGCCACCCCUGAGCCCAAGGGCCCUGGGGAUGGGGCUGAGGAGGAUGAAGCCCCCAGCGGGGGUCCAGGGGGCCAAGGCCCUUGCCCCUUUGAGAACUUGACCCCCCUGCUGGUGGCUGGGGGUGUGGCCAUGGCAGCCGUAGCCCUAAUUCUUGGUGUGGCCUUCCUGGCCCGGAAAAAAUGAUGGCUUGUGCCCAGGUGGGGACACAGCCACUUCCUGUACAGAUCUCAGGAGCCUAGUGCAUGCC